AUGGUGCAUCUCUCAACUAUCGCCCUAACUGGGGUAGCUGUUCUGUUUACAGCCCCUUUAGUUUCAGCCCAUGGCUACGUAAGCAGUAUCACUAUCGGUUCAACCAAUUACACUGGCUACCUCGAGGACGUCUAUCCUUACGAAAGCUCCCCACCAAAAACGAUCGCAUGGGCCAACACAGCAACGGAUCUCGGUUUCGAGGAUGGUGCCGAAUAUGCCGGUCCAAAUAUUAUCUGCCACCGAAACGCGACGCCGGGUGCUCUGACGGCCAAUGCCACUGCUGGUGCCAAAGUGGUUUUCCAAUGGACGACGUGGCCUAGCUCACACCACGGGCCUAUAAUUAACUAUUUAGCGAAUUGCAAUGGUGACUGCUCCACUGUUGACAAAACAACGCUGAAAUUCGUCAAAUUCGACGCGACCGGUCUUAUCAAUGAUGCCACACCACCAGGGACUUGGGCGACCGAUGACCUUAUCGCCGCUGGAAAUCAGUAUAGUCUCACUCUUCCUACGAGCAUAGCACCGGGAAACUAUGUCCUCCGUCACGAGAUCAUUGCCCUACAUUCGGCGGGCCAAACCGACGGGGCGCAGAAUUAUCCACAAUGCUUCAACAUUGCUAUUUCGGGCUCGGGAACGGCAACACCGACUGGUACAUUGGGCGAGCAACUGUACAAAGAUACAGACCCGGGAAUUUUGAUUGACAUCUAUGAGGCCAUCUCCAACUAUACAAUUCCCGGCCCAGCACUUUGGACUGGUUCUUAA